CAGAAAUAUUAUCCCCACUAUAACAUGUUGUCUCAGUUCAACGAAGGAAGAUAAAGAUAGAAAGAAAGAGAAUGUGGGUGCACUUAAGAUUGUGAUUUGUGAUCACUGAGAAAGCUCCAUAAUUUUUUUUUUAAAUAAAAAAAGCUACCAAAAUUUAGGUUUUGCUUUUCUCUCUCACCCAAAAUCUUUGCUUUUUGAGGUUUGUUUUCUUUCUUCCAAAUAUAAAAAGUUGGGUCUGCAGUUUCAUGAGCUGGUAACAUCUUCAACUGUUGCUCUUAAUUAUUUGUUUGGUUUUAUAAAGAUUAAAACUUGUGGCUGUUUCUCUCAGUUUUCACUUGAAUUUCUUUUGUCUUAAUAGUUUGACAGUUUCUAGUGGGAACGUUUUGGUUGACAGUAUAUAUAUUGGGUAGCCGUUCAUGAUCUGAAUCUAUUCUAUUCUAUUCUAUUCCAUUCCCUUUUAUUGUCUUUGUUAUCUGGAUAAAGAGAAAACUUACAUGAUAUAUCUUUUCAUUAUUGCUUUGAUUGAUUCAUUGUCUCAAAGCUUAUCUUCAAAGUUUUUAUCUUUUCACUAAAACUUUCCUCAUUUCCUUUUCUAUUGGUUUCCGCAACUUAGUUGUUCACAUUUUCUAUUCCUAUGAAGAUUUCGUGUGUGGGGUUUGCGAGAAGUAGCAGCCUCUCACCAUAGCUCAACCCUGUUCUUGUUUGAAACUCCAAACAUAGUUUAGUGACUUUGUUCUUGAACUGAGAUUUAGGGGGGUUUGGUAGCCUAAGAAAGCCUUUUUCUUUAAUGGGAAUUUUCUUUUAUUCGAGAAUAGUUGAAGAAAGCUUUGAUAAUCUGGAGUUCCUAUAGCUAUAGGUGUAGAAAAAUAUGGUGUCGAGAUCAUAUUCCAAUCUUUUAGAACUUGCUUCAGGUGAGCCUCCAUCGUUUGGGAGGAUGAGUGGGAGGCUUCCCCGUAUUAUGAGAGUCUCUGGCUUGUUUUCUGAUGUUAGUGACGACUCUUCUGCGAGGGUUCACUCAUUAGACUCAUCAUCUUCGGUCCAAAAAGACCGGCUCAUAAUAGUAGCUAACCAGCUCCCCAUAAGGGCUCAGAGGAAAUCUGAUAGUAGUAAGGGUUGGCUUUUCAAUUGGGAUGAGACUUCACUUCUCCUCCAAUUGAAAGAUGGGUUGGGAGAUGAUGAGAUUGAAGUGAUCUAUGUGGGGUGUCUCAAGGAAGAAAUCCAUCCAAAUGAACAAGAUGAAGUGUCCCAGAUUCUCUUAGAGAGUUUUAGAUGUGUUCCUACUUUCCUCCCACCGGAUCUUUUCAGCCGGUAUUACCAUGGGUUUUGCAAGCAACAACUAUGGCCUCUGUUUCAUUACAUGCUGCCCUUGUCACCAGACCUUGGAGGGAGGUUUAACCGGUCACUAUGGCAGGCUUAUGUGUCUGUAAAUAAGAUAUUUGCGGAUAGGAUUAUGGAAGUGAUCAACCCAGAAGAUGAUUUUGUUUGGGUUCAUGAUUAUCAUCUCAUGGUGUUGCCAACUUUCUUGAGGAAGAGGUUUAAUCGUGUCAAACUCGGGUUUUUUCUCCAUAGCCCCUUUCCUUCCUCUGAGAUUUACAAGACAUUGCCUAUUAGAGAAGAAAUUUUGCGUGCCCUUUUGAAUGCUGACUUGAUUGGUUUCCAUACAUUUGAUUAUGCCCGCCAUUUCCUCUCCUGUUGUAGUCGAAUGCUUGGUCUUUCCUACGAAUCUAAGCGUGGUUACAUAGGCGUUGAGUACUAUGGUAGGACUGUUGGCAUAAAGAUUCUUCCGGUUGGAAUACACAUGGGUCAGCUUGAACAUGUCCUCGGCCUCCGGGAAACUGAAGCCAAAGUUGCUGAGCUUAUGAAACAGUUCAGUGAUCAGGGCAGGAUCAUGUUACUUGGAGUUGAUGACAUGGAUAUAUUCAAAGGUAUAAGUUUAAAGCUUUUGGCAAUGGAGCAGCUUCUUCAGCAGAACCCUGGGUUGCAGGGGAAGGUUGUGCUGGUGCAGAUAGCUAAUCCGGCACGAGGCCGUGGGAAAGAUGUGAAAGAAGUUCAGGCUGAGACAUACUCGACCGUGAAGCGAAUUAAUGAAACAUUUGGUAAGCCUGGAUAUGAGCCUGUUGUUUUGAUCAGUGAGCCACUCAAGUUUUAUGAGAGAAUGGCAUAUUAUGUAGUUGCUCAGUGUUGUCUGGUCACUGCUGUGAGGGAUGGGAUGAAUCUCAUACCAUAUGAAUAUGUAAUUAGUCGCCAAGGAAAUGAGAAAUUGGACAAGGUUUUGGGCUUGAACCCUUCCACCCCCAAGAAUAGUAUGUUAGUUGUAUCUGAAUUCAUUGGCUGCUCCCCCUCAUUGAGUGGAGCAAUUCGUGUGAAUCCAUGGAAUGUUGAUGCUGUAUCAGAUGCCAUGAAUUGUGCCUUGGAGAUGGCAGUUCCUGAAAAACAGCUCCGCCAUGAGAAACAUUACAAGUAUGUUAGUACUCAUGAUGUUGGAUAUUGGGCUCGUAGUUUCUUAAUGGAUUUGGAGAGGGCUUGUAGGGAUCAUGUGCGGCGAAGGUGCUGGGGUAUAGGCUUUGGAUUGGGAUUCAGAGUUGUGGCACUCGAUCCAAGCUUUAAAAAGUUGUUAAUGGAGAACAUAGUGUCGGCUUAUAGAAGGACAACAAGAAGAGCAAUUCUUCUGGAUUAUGAUGGUACCUUAAUCCCACAGGGUUCAAUCGAUAAGAGCCCGAGCUCUAAGUGCAUUAACAUCUUGACCAGCUUGUGUAGAGACAAGAACAACAUGGUUUUCAUCGUCAGCGCUAGAAGUCGUGAGAAACUCGCUGAAUGGUUCUCUCCUUGUGAGAAGCUGGGAAUUGGUGCUGAGCAUGGCUACUUCCUCAGGAUGGAGAGAGACACAGAAUGGGAAACAUGUCUACCAGUUGCUGAUUGUAGUUGGAAGCAGAUUGCUGAGCCAGUUAUGAGGCUUUACACUGAAGCAACGGAUGGUUCCACCAUUGAAGAUAAGGAAACUACACUUUUGUGGUGUUAUGAGGAUGCAGAUCCGGACUUCGGUUCAUGUCAAGCAAAGGAACUUCUUGAUCAUCUUGAAAGCGUUCUUGCCAAUGAACCAGUUACUGUCAAAAGUGGCCAGAACAUUGUGGAGGUUAAGCCGCAGGGUUUAAGCAAGGGACUGGUGGCCAAACGACUACUUUCGACUAUGCAAGAUAGGGGAGUAGCCCCAGAUUUUGUUUUGUGCAUAGGCGAUGAUCGAUCGGAUGAAGACAUGUUUGAGGUUAUCUCAAGUGCCACAGCAGGCCCUUCCAUCGCCGCGGGGGCUGAAGUGUUUGCCUGCACAGUCGGUAAGAAGCCGAGCAAGGCCAAGUAUUAUCUUGAUGACACAGUUGAAAUUGUAAGGUUAAUGCAGGGUCUUGCAGCUGUUUCAGACCAGUUAGUAUCAUCAGCAUGAUAAACUUGAUUCUUACAACACUCGACUACCAAACAAGAAUAGAGAGCCUCUUUUACACUACUUUCACUCUUUUCAGUUCAUGUUGUUGGCCUUCCAAUUUGAUUUCCGUGUUAUACCAUAUUUCUCAAGUCUCCAUUUUUUUUUCACAAUGUAAAUAUGUGUUCUUUUACCAAGAGAAUUUGUGAGACCGGGAACUUGUUUUUAUUAUUUGUGUUUGCUUUUGAUAUUGUAAAGAUGUAAAUAUGUUUGCCCAUGAAAAGUGAGUAUGUUCUCCAUUUAGAAAACAGUUUCAUUGGAUAGCUAA